AUGACCUUUUCUCAGAACCUACAAACUGUCAGGCCCCAUGACCUCCCUGGACAAACAACAGCCUCAUUCUCUGCACCACUGCUGACCUCAUUGUCUCUUUGUGAAGGGAAAAUCCAGAGUUGCAUUCUGUUAAAUGGUGCAUCAACUGACGAGCGGGACAGACCUCUCUACCUCCAGCACAGGCCUACAGAUGAGCACGGACACCGCUGCUUUUUCCUUAGGACUGUACGCAAGGAAAACAUGAGUCUUGAUGGAGACACAUUAUCAGUGAUUGAGAACCCGACGGCUGUCAGUCAUCCUUUUCACUCAGAGAAAACAGCAGGAGUCGAAGGGACCAAGAGGGUGCACGGCUGGUUAAAAGGGAUUCAUUCUACAACUAACGCUCACAGGCUGGUGAGGCUGCUGGCAGCAGUGUGUGCAGUUGGGCUCCUGGGAGGCUUAGCUGUAGGUGUAUGGUUUCUGGUCAAACUUCUGCUGAGGCCUAGCUCCUCCCAAAGUCCAGUGGGACUUGGAGACACAAAGGAGACGUCUUUCUGCAACGUGACAGAGGACAUCACCAUCUCUGACCCCAGGAAAGGUUCAGUGUUUUACAGAAUCAGCCCGGAGAACUCCCUCCUGGAGAUCCAGCUGGGGAAGCUGCCCACCUGGCUGCCGGUGUGCUACGAGAGGUGGAACUCAUCGCUGGGAACGCUGGUCUGCAGACAGCUGGGUUAUCUGAGACUGACCAAGCAUAAAGGAGUGAAUCUAACUGAUAUUGGGCCAAACCAUACAGAUGGCUUUAUACAAAUUACCUCAGAACACAAGAGCAGCCUGGAAAAUAUGUGGCAAUUCAGGGGGAGCUGUAUCACAGGGAAGGUUAUUGCUUUGCAAUGUUUUGAGUGUGGGACACGAGCGAAGUUGCCCAGGAUAAUCGGGGGAGUCGAGGCUACACUGGGCAGGUGGCCCUGGCAGGUCAGCCUCUACUACAGCAACCGUCACACCUGUGGAGGCUCCAUCAUCACCAGUCAAUGGGUAGUCACAGCUGCCCAUUGUGUGCACAACUACAGGCUACCUCAGGUAUCCAGCUGGGUGGUCUAUGCUGGCAUUGUCACCCGCAGCUCGACAAAAAUGGCUCAACACACAGGGUAUGCUGUGGAAAAGAUAAUCUAUAACAAGAACUACAACCACAGGAGCCACGACAGUGAUAUAGCCCUGAUGAAACUACGGACUCCACUGAAUUUCUCAGAUACGAUAAGGCCUGUAUGUUUGCCUCGGUAUGAGUAUGAUCUUCCAGGAGGUACACAGUGCUGGAUCUCUGGAUGGGGAUACACACAGCCUGAUGGUGUUCACUCACCUGACACCUUGAAAGAGGCACUAGUUCCCAUAAUAAGCACAAAGAAGUGCAACAGCUCCUGCAUGUACAAUGGAGAGAUCACGUCACGGAUGCUUUGUGCCGGAUACACAGAGGGAAAAGUGGAUGCAUGUCAGGGGGAUAGUGGGGGCCCUCUCGUUUGCCAGGAUGAAAACGUGUGGAGGCUGGUAGGAGUCGUCAGCUGGGGAACCGGAUGUGCUGAGCCCAACCAUCCUGGUGUUUACACCAAAGUGGCAGAAUUCUUGAGCUGGAUCUACGAUAUGAUUGAGAAUUACUGAAGACACCUCAUGAAGCACGAGCAGAGGAUGCUACUGAUAUUAUUACUGAGACAUUUGAAAAUUAGUUAAUAUUUUUACUUUUAGUGUCCGUUAUAUGAUGUACACAUAAAGACAGCCUAGAGACAAAAUGCAUUUUUACGUUAUAUUUUCCAUGUACUGUAAAUAAAUUAUGCCUCUU